GGGAUGUGCUGGCAAAGUCACUGCAGCAAGUUGGAAUGCCAUUGUGAAAGGCAGGAUACCAUGUCUUGGAAUGCAAAAGAAGAAAGGAACCAAGGCCAAAAUGAUUAAAAGAGAGAGAAGCAUUUGCCAACAAACUCAGGCCCUUCUUUGUAAGAAUUUGCUCAAAAAAUGGAGAAUGAAAAGAGAGAGUUUAUUGGAAUGGCUUCUCUCAUUGAUUCCAUGCCUGCUUUUGUUUUUCAUUUUAAUGACUUCUAAAGUCUCUCAGAUUCCUGAAGUGCCUCCGGUAGACCUUGGACCCUUAAAUGAGUUUAAUGAUUCUGACUUUCUAAUUAAAUAUAUGCCAGUCACCAAUACAAUUCAACAGAUAAUGAGCAAAAUGGCUUUGGCUUCCUUUAUGAAAGGAAUAAAUAUUACUGGGACGACAGAUGAAAAAGUUUUGACUUCAUCUCAUGGAUUCUAUGACACAGUUGCAGUCAUCUUUCAUGAUAUGUUCUCCUAUGAAUUAAAGUCAUGGGGAUACAGAGUUCCAUUUAGCAGGGAAUUUCAUGAAUAUUCAGCACAUUGCAUAACAUAUGCUGAAGAAACCAGUUGUUACCUUGAGGAAUAUUGGAAACGUGGUUUUGUUGCUUUUCAGGCUGCCAUUAAUUCUGCUAUUAUAGAAAUCACAACAAAUCAUUCUGUGAUGGAUCAACUGAUGUCAGUCAAUGGUAUAAACAUGAAAGUGCAUCCAUUCAUCGCCCAAUUCAGUAUUAUAAGGGACAUCAUCACUAUAAUCUGUAUAAUUUCUUUCUCUCCAAUGAUAUAUUUUGUUUCCCUCAAUGUUACAAGAGAGAGAAAAAAUGUUAUGGAAUGGAUGACAAUGAUGGGCCUCCAAGAUUCAACUUUCUGGCUUUCAUGGAGUUUACUUUAUGCUGGCUACAUUUUUAUUUUGGCAAGUCUGCUGUCUGCUAUCGUAAUAUCUGAAGAUUUUGUAAUCAUGACUGGUUAUUUUACAGCAUUCACCCUAUUUCUCCUAUAUGGUCUCUCUUUGGUGGCAUUAACUUUCCUGAUUGGUGUGUUGAUUAAGAAACCUGUACUUACCGGCUUAAUCGUUUUCUUCCUUACCAUUUUUUGGGGAAGUCUGGGACUUGUUUCAUUGUAUCGACAAUUUCCUGCAAGUUUGGAAUGGAUUUUAAGCCUCCUAAGUCCCUUUGCCUUUGUUUUUGGGAUAAACCAUAUUCUGAGAAUGGAUUACAACUUGAGAAGUUUUGCUUUUCCUGACCCCUCUGGAGACUCACAUCAACUCUUAGCCACGAUUUUCAUGUUGGUUUUUGAUAUUCUUCUUUAUUUGGCCCUUACUCUAUAUUUCAACAAGAUCUUGCCACGUGAAUAUGGAAGACAAUAUUCUCCUUUGUUUUUCCUGAAGUCUUCAUUUUGGUGCCCUUACCAUAGGGCUGAUCAUCAGUUACUAGAGAAUGAGACUAACUCUACAUAUUGGUCUGACUCUUUUGAACCAGUGCCUCCAGAAUUUCAUGGGAAAGAAGCUAUCAGAAUCAGAAAUAUUAAAAAGGAAUAUAAAGGGAAGCCUGAAAAAGUAGAAGCUUUGAAAGGUUUUCAAUUGGACAUCUAUGAAGGCCAAAUAACAGCAAUACUUGGUCACAGUGGAGCUGGGAAAUCAACACUAAUAAAUAUUCUUAGUGGAUUAUCUGAGCCAACAGAAGGGUCUGUUAGCGUCUAUAAUAACAACCUCUCUGAAAUGGAAGACUUAGAAGAAAUCAAGACGAUCACUGGUGUUUGCCCACAAUUUAAUGUCCAUAUUGAUUUCCUUACUGUGAGAGAAAACCUCAGACUAUAUGCUAAAAUCAAAGGGAUUCCACCAGAGAAAGUAGAACAAGAGGUACAAAGAGUUUCUCUAGAAUUGGAAAUGAAAAGUAUUCAGGAUAUGCUUGCUGCAAAUCUGAGUGGUGGGCAGCAAAGGAAGCUGACCUUUGGUAUUGCCAUUUUAGGUGAUCCUCAGGUUUUGUUGUUGGAUGAACCAACUGCUGGAUUGGAUCCAUUUUCAAGACACCAAGUAUGGCACCUCUUAAAGGAACACAAAGCAGAACAUGUGACCCUCUUCAGUACACAGUUUAUGGAUGAGGCUGAUCUUCUUGCUGAUCGGAAAGUGUUUAUAUCCAGUGGGAAACUGAAGUGUGCAGGCUCUUCUUUGUUUCUAAAGAGGAAAUGGGGGAUUGGCUAUCACUUAAGUUUGCACAGAAAUGAAUCCUGUGACUCAGAAAGAAUAACGUCACUCAUUAAAUGCCACAUUCCUGAUGCUACAUUAACUGCAGAAAGAGAAGAAAAGCUUGUUUACACACUGCCCCUGGAAAGAACAGAUUUAUUUCCAGAACUUUAUAGUGAUCUUGAUAAUUGUAUUGGCCAAGACAUUGUGAAUUAUGGUGUUUCCAUGACAACUUUGACUGAAGUAUUCUUGAAACUAGAAGGAAAAACAACAAUCGAUGAUGCAGAUUUUGAGAGUUUGGGGCAGGAACAAACAAGACAUUCUGAAAACUUUGUUGAACCAGAGCAGAAUUUCUCUUCACUUCUUGGAGAGAAGAUGGAAUCAGUCAGUGGCAUGGCUCUCUGGAGACAACAGAUUUGGGCAGUUGCAAGGAUUCGCUUCUUAAAAUUAAAGCAUGAUAGGAAAGUUCUUCGGUCAUUAUCUUUGUUGCUGGUGAUUACUUUGCUUCCUCUUGCUUUUGAGAGUAUAGUGUAUGAACUAUUCCGGAGAAAUGUUCCUUGGAGAUUUACUCCUGAUACAUAUUUCCUCUCUCCUGGGCAGCAGUCACAUAGUUCUCUCAGCAGCCUAUUAAUUGUCAACAACACAGGGUCAAAGAUUGAGGAUUUUGUAAGUGCUCUGAAGCACCAGAAUAUAUCUCUGGAAGUAUAUGACUUUGAAAACAAAAAUGGAACAACUGAUCUUGCCUACAAUGGGGCUAUAAUAGUAUCUGGAAAAAAAGAGGAUUAUAGGUUUUCUCUUGCAUGUAACACCAAGAGAUUGAAUUGCUUUCCCGUCCUCAUUAAUGUUGUUAGCAAUGGGCUACUUAAAAUGCUUAACUCCUCAAAGCAAAUUACCACUGAGAGAACUACAUUUUCUUAUGAUUUUGAGCCUAGUUCAAUGAAUAAUAUAGAGGCAGAUCUUUUACUGAUUUUAGCAACAACCAGUCUUUCUCCUUAUUUGGCAAUGAGCAGCAUCGCUGAUUAUAAAAUAAAAGCUCAUGCCCAACUAAGGAUUUCAGGUCUUUAUCCUUCAGCCUACUGGUGUGGGCUGGCACUGGUGGAUAUUCCUUUGAACCUCAUAAUUCUUCUUUUAUUACAUGCAAUUAUAUACUUUAUUAACUUGGGCUUCUACACAGUGAACACUGGUAUCCUAUUUAUUCAGAUCAUCUGUACUAUUGGUUAUGCUGGCUCAAGUGUCUUCUUCACAUAUGUGAUUUCAUUCAUUUUUAAGAAAGGGAGAAAAAACAGUGGCAUCUGGUCUACUUUCUUCUUUAUUACUUCGUUGUUCAUAUUUACUUUUAAUCAAACAGUUCAUUUUGAACUAUCUGGAAUGCUUUGUUGUAUUGCAUUCAUACCCUACUUCACCUUGUUUGGAUGCACAAUGCUGAUUUUGGAGAUCAACUAUAAGUAUUUCAGAAAGUCUAAGAAUCUAGAGUAUGAAAUAGAUGGCAUCAACGAAAACGUCUUCUUCACAAUUCUCAUACCUUACCUUCAUUGUAUCAUUUUCCUUUUUGUUCUACGAUGUCUGGAAAUGAAAUAUGGACAGCAAUCCAUGGGAAAAGACCCUGUUUUCAGAAUUUUUCCUACAAAUAGUGACGCUGGUACAAACCCUGAAGAACCAGAAAAUGAGGAUGAAGAUGUUCAGGCAGAAAGAGCUAGAACUCUGAGGGAACUGACUGCUUCUGACAUGGAAGAGAAACCUGUUAUUAUUGCCAGCUGUCUGCGAAAAGAAUAUGAAGGCAAGAAGAAAAGCUGUUUUGCAAAGAGAAAGAAGAAAGUGGCUACAAGAAAUAUCUCUUUCUGUGUAAAAAAAGGGGAGGUACUGGGACUACUGGGACACAAUGGAGCAGGUAAAAGUACAGCUAUUAGGAUGAUAACUGGAGACACGAGACCAACAGCAGGGAAGGUGGUUCUGAAAGGAAGCAAAACAAGUCAGCAAAGAGAUAUUAAUGCAAUCAAUAUCCUUGGGUACUGUGCUCAGGAGAAUUCACUGUGGCAAAACUUUACAGUGAGAGAACAUCUGGAGAUCUAUGCUGCAGUGAAAGGGAUGAAGAAGGAAGAUGCCAUGGUCACUAUAGCACGAUUAAAGGAUGCUCUCAAACUUCAGGACUACAUGAAAGUUCCAAUCAAGGAACUGUCAACAGGCAUAACUCGAAAGUUGUGCUUUGCUCUGAGUAUCUUGGGAAAUCCAGCUGUCAUACUUCUGGAUGAACCAUCAACUGGAAUGGACCCAGAAGGGCAGCAACAAAUAUGGCAGGCUAUUCGAGCAAUCUUUAAGAAGAAGGAAAGUGGGGCCAUCCUCACCACACAUUACAUGGCAGAGGCUGAAGUUCUUUGUGAUCGAGUGGCCAUCAUGGUGUCAGGAAAGCUACGAUGCAUUGGUUCUAUUCAACAUCUAAAAAGCAAAUUUGGCAAAGAUUAUUUACUCGAAAUAAAAGUGAAGGAACCUGGACAAGUGAGACAUCUCCAUGAAGAGAUUCUGAAACUUUUUCCAAGAGCAGCACGGCAAGAAAGGUAUUCCUCCUUGAUGGUCUAUAAAUUGCCUGUAGAAGAUGUGCAUCCUCUUUCUCAGGCUUUUUCUAAAUUAGAAGCAGCUAAGCAUACCUUCAAUCUGGAGGAAUACAGUCUCUCUCAGUCCACUUUGGAACAGGUCUUCCUAGAGUUGUCAAAGGAACAGGAGCUGGGAGAUUUUGAAGAGGAAUUGGAUACAAAUAUAAAAUGGAAACUCCUCCCCCAGGAAGAACCUUAGAGGUCUAGACGUGCUAAGUCUAUGUAUAAGAUCUCAUGACCCUUUAUGUUAACACAUUUUUGGUUUUCAUCCCAUAUAUUAUCUCAGAAAUGUUAAUCCAAAUUUUAAAGUAUAUUUUACAUUUACAUAGCGAUUGGUUAAACUUGUAAUAACUCUUUGCUAGAAUAAGCAGCUUUUUUUAAUUUCAAAAAAUUGGAAACUGAAGGGUUGUCCAUCAUUUGGGAAAUGGAUGAAAAGUGUUAUAUGUU